AUGAUUCAAACUGGAAAGUAGUGGGGGAUUCUUCUACGGCGUAGAGUUUUCCCCUACGAAAUCUCGUUUCAGCGUCAUUCGCAUAUUCGCGUCGCGUCCGGCGGGAAGUAUUGUCGAAUGUCCAUCCGGUGCGAUAUACGUAAACCCGAUAACAAUUCUACAUUACACGCAGUAUAAUACUUCUACUAUCCUUACUUCAUUCUCAUGCGAUGACGUUCCAAGUGAACCGUAGUUUUAUCAUAAAGAUUCUCACGUUUUUAUCAUUUGUCACGAUACCGAAAGUGCUUGCCACAAGACCCCACAUCAUCUUCAUACUGGCUGACGAUUUGGGUUGGAAUGACGUGGGUUUUCAUGGUUCUGGACAAAUACCGACCCCUAAUAUCGACGCCCUAGCUUUCUCGGGACUUCUUUUGCACAAGUAUUACGUCACAGCCAUCUGUACACCCUCCAGAAGCGCCCUGAUGACGGGCAAACAUCCCAUUCACAUCGGCAUGCAACACACGGUCUUGUUUGGCGCGGAGCCCAGAGGUCUUCCAUUGAAUCAGAAAAUUCUACCGCAAUAUCUGGAGGAACUUGGCUACGUGAACCACAUUGUCGGUAAAUGGCAUUUGGGAUGUUACAAGAAGGAAUAUUUGCCAACUUUCAGAGGUUUUCGGAGUCACGUUGGCUUCUGGACUGGACAUCAAGACUACAACGAUCACACUGCCAUGGAAACUGGCUACUGGGGCCUCGACAUGAGGCGAGGAAUUAAUCCAGCCUGGGAUUUGCACGGACAAUAUUCAACGGAUGUAUUCACAAGAGAAGCUGUUUCCAUAAUCGAUGCGCACAAUAAAACUGAUCCCUUAUUCCUCUAUCUCGCACACGCUGCGGUGCACUCCGGUAAUCCCUACAAUCCUUUACCCGCUCCUGAUGAGAGAGUGGCUAGGUUUGACAGUAUCGAAGACUACGACAGAAGACGAUUCGCAGCGAUGCUCAGUAAACUGGAUGACUCAGUCGGUGUCGUGGUGGAUACUCUCCGAAAACGAGGGAUGCUACAGAAUAGUGUCAUCGUGUUCUCAUCAGAUAACGGCGGUCCAGCUGCCGGUUUUAAUUUAAACGCGGCGUCGAACUGGCCGUUACGAGGUGUCAAAAACACGCUUUGGGAGGGUGGUGUCAGAGGAGCUGGACUCAUUUGGUCUCCACUUUUGCAACAUCCGGGGCGCGUUUCCAAGCAACUAUUUCACGUAACAGAUUGGCUUCCGACUCUGAUAGCGGCUGCAGGUGGGGAUCCAUCUCAGCUGAAUAUCGAUGGGAAAAAUCUUUGGCCGAGUCUGAACGCCGACAAACAAUCACCUCGUACGUCAAUUCUUCACAAUAUCGACGACCAAUACGGGAACUCCGCCAUUACGGUCGACGAUUGGAAACUCUUGCAAGGAACGACCUAUAACGGUUCUUGGGAUAGCUGGUACGGUCCUUCUGGAAGAACGGACACGUACAACGUCGGAGCAGUUAUCGGUAGUUUGACCGGUCGUGCAGUUGCUAGCGUUGGUCUGAGCAUUUCACCUGAAAGGGCGCGGACACUUCGUAAAGAAGUUUCUGUGACGUGUGCUCCCAAGAAUUCUACUUUACCAACGUGUAAGCUCCUCCAAGCUCCAUGUCUUUAUCGGAUUGAUGAUGAUCCUUGCGAGAACAACAAUCUUGCCAAUGUGUAUCCAGAGAUAGUUUUGCGACUACAAAAACAAAUCAAGAUAUGGAAUUCAACGGCAGUUACCCCCAACAAUAUGCCAUUGGACCCCCGUGGUGAUCCGAAAUUCUGGGAUCACACGUGGACUAAUUUUGGAGAUUUUAACUCUACGACAAACGCUGCCAGCUGACUAUAUGAUCCUUGGAGAAGUUUCGUGAUAUGCAUUUAUUUCAUUUGUAUCAUUUUUUACUCUUACAUUAUUCACACAUCAUCAUAUUCGUGAAAUGUGAUAAGUACGAACGCACUUAACAAACUUUCCAAGUUCAAACCUUGAACCUCUUUUAACUGUCAAAAGACUUAAUAUUUUUUCAUGCUCAAAUGAAAAUAUUAUACUUAAGCGUACAGUUUUGAAAUGAACGUGCUGUGAAUCGAUACGAACAGAGUAGAGUCGGCCGAAUAGAAAGACUUUCCAGAAAGAACUAGAUAAUUUAUUAAUGAAAGUCUGAUUAGCUUGGAACUUCGAGUGAUCUAUUUUGAAUAUUAGGAUACCAAUGUAUUGUAUUAUACCGGUAAAACGCGUACAAGUAUAUUUUGGCUUUCUUCUCAAAAAGUGGAUUCGCACAUCAAUCAUUCUGAAGCGUUGCGUCGGAAAAAAAACCUCCGAUCAUUAGUUGCCCAUACGACUUCACAUACAACAUGAAAAAUCCAUACAUUAUUGAUUAGGUAUAUUCAUGGAAUAUAUACUUUCUAAGAUAUUUGGAAUCGUCGUUUGCUGACAAGCCCCGAUGGAUUUAGAUUGUAACACAUUUGUACGAGAUGACCUUAUUCUGUUUUUUGAAUAAAUCCAUAAUAUUCCUAA